GUGACUGAAUGAGUGUUUUUGUUGUUGUUGUAUGAUGUCGAGCCCCCAUUUCUCCCCGAAAUGAAUAUUGGAUCAUUCAUUCAUUCAUUUGUUGUUUCCAUACCCCGUACAGCAGGUGGCGCGGCAAUACACCAAUAGGUAUAGUCUGCAAUAAUGAAGAAAGAAGAAGACGUAGGAACCCGCGCGCCGUGAGGAAACAAGUGGAUGGGUUGGGGACUGUGAGAGAAAGGAAAGAGACGAUAGAGGGUUUUUUUUCCCAACAUAAAUGGAGGUUCAUCCGUAACGGGAGAGAAGAGCAGCUACAAAAAAAAAAAAAUACAAGCAAAAUGGCGAAAGACCACGAGGUCGAACGCAUUGCUAAAAAGCUGGACAAAAUGGUGCACAAGAAAAACACGGACGGUGCCAUAUAUCUGCUGAGGGAGUUGAAGAUCAUUAACAUGUCUCUGGAGACUCUACAGUCCACCAGGAUCGGUAUGUCGGUGAACGCUGUGAGGAAGCAGAGUUCAGAGGAAGAGGUCCAGACCCUGGCCAAGUCACUCAUCAAGUCCUGGAAGAAACUACUGGACGGUUCUGAGGGGAAGGCUGUGGAGGAGAAGAGGAGGGAGGGCUCUCCUCUGAGGUCAUCUUCGUCCAAGGACAGUCCUGGAUCCAGCGACCGCAGUAAGAAACAAGAACUACCUGAGCCCCCGAAGACUCCCACCACACCUACAACCCCCACCACCCUAAAGUUCACCUCCUUCCCUCCCACUCCCGUCACCACUGACAGCGUACGCACCAAGUGCCGAGAGCUGCUGGUGGCUGCCCUGCAGACCGACGAUGACUACAAGCCCAUUGGAGCAGACACUGACAAUUUGGCUGCUCAGAUUGAGGACUGUAUCUACCAGGAGUUUAAGUCUACAGACCAGAAGUACAAGUCCAGACUGAGGAGCCGUAUCUCCAACCUGAAGGACCAGAAGAACCCAGACCUCCGACGCAACGUCCUCGCUGGAAACAUCUCAGCUGAUCGUAUCGCUAGCAUGGCUGCUGAGGAGAUGGCGAGCGCGGAGCUGAAAGAGAUGAGGAAGACGUUGACCAAGGACGCCAUCAGAGAGCACCAGCUGUCUAAAGUGGGCGGGACCGAGACGGACAUGUUUCAAUGUGGCAAAUGCAGGGGCAAGAACUGCACCUACACACAGGUGCAGACGCGCAGUGCUGACGAACCCAUGACUACAUUCGUACUGUGUAACGGCUGUGGCAAUCGCUGGAAGUUCUGUUGAGGAGAAGAUGAUGCUUUGCUACAAGAUGAGCUGACACGGAUAGAGAAGAACCGGGACCUAUUUUGUUACAACUGCAAAUCGUUUUUUUAUUUUCCUCCUUUUGUUGUUUUUAUUUUUGUUUUGAUACCUCAUAAAUCUGGAAUAUAUUUUGAGAAAAUGUCAUUUCUAUGAUAUGGAGCGAGUCUAGUAUUUUAAUUUCUAUGUUUUAGAGCUAGUCUAGUAUUUUAAUUUCUAUGAUAUAGAGCUAGUCUAGUAUUUUAAUUUCUAUGAUAUAGAGCUAGUCUAGUAUUUUAAUUUCUAUGAUAUGGAGCUAGUCUAGUAUUUUAAUUUCUAUGAUAUAGAGCUAGUCUAGUAUUUUAAUUUCUAUGAUAUGGAGCUAGUCUAGUAUUUUAAUUGCUAUGAUAUGGAGCUCGUCUAGUAUUUUAAUUUCUAUGAUAUGGAGCUAGUCUAGUAUUUUAAUUUCUAUGAUAUGGAGCUAGUCUAGUAUUUUAAUUUCUAUGAUAUGGAGCUCGUCUAGUAUUUUAAUUUCUAUGAUAUGGAGCUCGUCUAGUAUUUUAAUUUCUAUGAUAUGGAGCUCAUCUGGGUAUCUUUUCUGGUUCUGCUCUCUUACCAACCUCUUAUUGAAUGUCAUGUUUGGCUUGACAACGAGUUGACAAGAGCACCAACCGAUCUCGGAAACCGAUCAUAGAAACCAUUAUCGGUACCAGGCUGAAGUUAAGCACUUAUUCUUAAAAACAAGGUUUUGGUUUGAUGUUUAUUAGUUUAAGCUAUAUCUUACAAAAAAAAGCUUUUGUUUUUGGCAUUAGGGAACAUAGUGGUGCCUUUUUUUGCCUCUCUGUGCCACAAAUGAUUAUUUUGCUAUUAGUUUUAUACACUUGCUGUAGAUAGAGUAUAUGCACUCUUAACGGGUGUAUCCCAAAUGGCACCUUAUUCACUAUAUAGGGCACUAAAAAUAGUGCCCUAUAUAGUGAAUAAGGUGCCAUUUGGAACACACCCCUGCUGUAUAUAGAACAAGCCGUUGUUUGGAGUCAUUCUGAAUCUACUGUCUUACAUACAUGCUGCACAGGUUCUUAUUAAAGACUUAAUUAGGUUUAAAUUCUUCUGUUAAAAUGAACAAAUGAAUGAAACUGGAGGUUCUGCUAGAAGAUGUAGAGUUGCAGAGGAGUGGAGAAUGAGAAAGGGAUGAGCAGGGGACGGGACAGUUGUCAGUUUCUCCUCUCGUCCUUCUCUGAUCGUACGCUAGUAAAAGGUUAGCGGGGACUGGAGAAGAAGGUUAGCGGGAACUGGAGAAGUAGCCUAAUCGUACUUUAGUAAAAGGUUAGCAGGGACUGGAGAAGUAGCCUAAUCGUACUUUAGUAAAAGGUUAGCAGGGACUGGAGAAGUAGCCUAAUCGUACAUUAGUAAAAGGUUAGCGGGGACUGGAGAAGUAGCCUAAUCGUACAUUAGUAAAAGGUUAGCGGGAACUGGAGAAGUAGCCUAAUCGUACUCUAGUAAAAGGUUAGCAGGGACUGGAGAAGUAGCCUAAUCGUACAUUAGUAAAAGGUUAGCGGGAACUGGAGAAGUAGCCUAAUCGUACUCUAGUAAAAGGUUAGCAGGGACUGGAGAAGUAGCCUAAUCGUACAUUAGUAAAAGGUUAGCGGGGACUGGAGAAAUAGCCUAAUCGUACUCUAGUAAAAGGUUAGCAGGGACUGGAGAAGUAGCCUAAUCGUACAUUAGUAAAAGGUUAGCGGGGACUGGAGAAGUAGCCUAAUCGUACUCUAGUAAAAGGUUAGCAGGGACUGGAGAAGUAGCCUAAUCGUACAUUAGUAAAAGGUUAGCAGGGACUGGAGAAGUAGCCUAAUCAUACUCUAGUAAAAGGUUAGCGGGGACUGGAGAAGUAGCCUAAUCGUACAUUAGUAAAAGGUUAGCGGGGACUGGAGAAGUAGCCUAAUCGUACAUUAGUAAAAGGUUAGCAGGGACUGGAGAAGUAGCCUAAUCGUACAUUAGUAAAAGGUUAGCAGGGACUGGAGAAGUAGCCUAAUCGUACAUUAGUAAAAGGUUAGCGGGGACUGGAGAAGUAGCCUAAUCGUACAUUAGUAAAAGGUUAGCGGGGACUGGAGAAGAAGGUUAGCAGGGACUGGAGAAGUAGCCUAAUCGUACAUUAGUAAAAGGUUAGCGGGGACUGGAGAAGUAGCCUAAUCGUACAUUAGUAAAAGGUUAGCGGGGACUGGAGAAGUAGCCUAAUCGUACAUUAGUAAAAGGUUAGCGGGGACUGGAGAAGUAGCCUAAUCGUACUCUAGUAAAAGGUUAGCGGGGACUGGAGAAGUAGCCUAAUCGUACAUUAGUAAAAGGUUAGCAGGGACUGGAGAAGUAGACUUGACUGGUUUGAAAAGUUUUGUCAUGCAAGUGAUUUAUUUUGUAUGUAAACAUUUGUCCUCCCAAUGGGUACUAGUGUCAAUUGAAUUAAAAACUUUAUGGAGUGUGGAAAGAGA